AUGCCUGCGAAAAUCUAUCGGUCGCCAUACCCAGAUCUCCCGAUCGAAUCGGUAGAUCUAGUCUCCUACUUGCUCUCGAAUCCUCAUAAUACCCCAUUGGACCGGCCCCUAUACAUUGACGCUGUCUCUGAAAAGCAGUAUACUUUGGGUGAUGUCAUUCAGCGAAUUAAGUCGCUGGCAAGUGGGCUGAAGCACACGUUUGGUCUGAAGGCGGAUGAUUUGGUCGCCUUGUUGAGCCCCAAUUCCAUCGAAUAUCCCAUCGCAUGCCAUUCGAUUGUCGGGGCUGGUGCCAUCGUGUCCCCGUCGAGUGCGGCCUUGACGGUGCUGGAACUGAAUGCUCAGCUCAAGACCAGCCGGGCUCGGUUCAUUAUUGUCCACUCGUCCUUGCUCGACACGGCCCAGAAGGCAGUGAAGGGCACGUCUGUUGAGAAGAUUAUUCUCCUAGACGGCGCCUCGCCAAUCAAUGGCCAGCCUACAUGCGAGUACUUGGCCAGCACAUGUGCUCCUGCCCCGCUCACCCCAAUCCAGCCCUCGGAAGCCUCCAAGAAGAUUGCGUUCGUCUGCUUCUCCUCUGGUACAUCUGGUCCCUCGAAGGGUGUUAUCACGACGCACCAGAACCUCACCUCUAACAUGCAACAAUGGCACGCCCACCUACUCGAAACUGGUACUCCCGCGCAGCGAAUCAAGCGUAACACCGCAGUCGCCUUUCUGCCGUUCAGCCAUAUCUAUGGACUCAACCUAUACCUGUGCCAGUGCUUGCUCUGGGGAACAUCAGUGGUGGUCAUGGCCAAAUUUGACUUGGACCGAUACCUGGAGUGUGUCCAGAAGUAUCGACCUGAUGAGCUUGCCUUCGUGCCUCCAAUCGCGCUCAUGCUCAUCAAGGACCCUCGUGUAGCCAAGUACGACCUCAGCAGUGUGAGGCGGACUCUGUCUGCUGCUGCCCCCCUCACGAACGAGCUAUCAGCUGCCCUGGAGGCGAAAUUCAAGACAACUUGGGGAACGGAGGUCUUCUGUACGCAGUCAUUUGGGCUUACCGAGACAUCGCCCAUGGUCACUGCUUGUCCGAAUGACCGCAUGGAUAAGCGCAAAUCAGGCGUCGGCUGCAUUACCAACAACAUGGAGAUCCGCUUCGUGGACCCCGAUACUAUGGAAGAUGCCGCCGUCAAUCCCGAUGGAUCGACCCAGCCUGCAGAGCUCUGGUGCCGUGGCCCUAAUGUGAGCCGUGGGUAUCUUAACAAUGAAGAAGCGACCAAGAAUGCAUUCCAUGUCGACUCGGAUGGAUCGAAGUGGUUCCGCACCGGCGAUAUCGCCACUAUCGACCAAGAAGGCUACAUCACCAUCCAGGAUCGCAUCAAGGAGAUGAUCAAAUAUAAGGGCCUCCAGGUUAUUCCCAGCGAACUUGAAGGCAAACUGAUCGACCACCCGGAUGUUGAGGAUGCCGGCGUUGUUGGUGUGUGGGUCGACGAGCGAGCGACCGAGCUCCCUCUGGCGUUUAUUGUUCUCAGUCACCAGGCCAAGGGCAAAGACCUCAAAACCGUCACAGAUGGAAUCCACUCAUGGUUGAACCCGAAGAUUGCGAACCACAAGCGACUCCGCGGUGGUAUUCAUGUGCUGGAUCAGAUCCCGAAGAGUCCCAGCGGAAAGAUUUUGCGGAGACAGCUCAAGGAUCUUCUGAAGAGCAAGAAGCCCAAAGCACACCUGUGA